UCCGGGUGGCUUCGAUCCAGUCAAUCGAAAAACCAUCAUGCCCGACCAACAAGUCUUCUUCGACAUUGAAAUCGGCGGCAAAAAGAGUGGCCGCAUUGUCUUUCGCCUGUACAACGACACCCCGAAGACGAGCGAAAACUUUCGUGCGCUGUGCACGGGCGAAAAGGGCGUUGGAAAGACCACCCGCAAGCCGUUGACGUACAAAGGAUCCAUUUUCCACCGCAUCAUCGAUGGAUUCAUGUGCCAAGGCGGGGACUUCUCGAACCGGAACGGCACAGGCGGCGAAUCCAUCUACGGCGCCAAGUUCAAGGACGAAAACUUCAUCCACAAGCACACGAAGGCAGGUUUGUUGAGCAUGGCCAACGCUGGUCGCCACACAAACGGCAGUCAGUUUUUCAUCACAUUGGCGGCCACCAAACACUUGAACGGAAAGCACGUUGUGUUUGGAGAAGUCGUGUCUGGUAUGCAAGUGGUGCGCGCGAUGGCGGCCGUCCCCAAGGGUCGAAACGACAAGCCAGUAAAAGAUGUUGUGAUCGCCGACUGCGGUGAGUAUGAUGAGGCAGCCGCGGCGCCUAAGGCCCACGAGAAGUCCAAGGACAAGAAGCGUAAGCAAACCGACGACGAAGUGCCUGCCAAGGCACCCGCCAAGAAGGAGGCUGCUGGCCAAGACGAGAAAACGAACAAAGGUGGGGACGAAGACGAGAAGAAGGUCAAGGCUGCGGACGACAACGAGCCAGCUGCGAAGAAGCAAAAGGCGUAAGCUCGUGCGUGCGUAGGGGCGCGCAAAGUACAAAGCGUCUUGCGAUGCUUUUUAAAACUGCAGAAUGAAAUGACUCACGGGGUUUCUCUCAACGCCGCUGAUGGAU